AUGAAUAGUUUAGUAGUGGUUAAUAUUUGUAUUUUUUUAUUUUAUAUAUUAAUUUUGGUCAACCUAACUACAGCAAUUAGUGGACUUGGUGAUUCAUCAUGUAGGUAUUCAGGUAAUUUUGAUAAAGAAAAUUUUAUAUGUCAUGAAGAUGUAGUGAAGGUGAAAAAACUUCCAAAGGAAUGCACAUCUUAUGUUUUUGAUGGAAUUGUUUGUAAUAAAAAUUAUGAAAUCAUGUAUGGGUCGAUACCAGAAGAUUUAGACCACUUAAAAUCACUUAUAGACUUUGAGGAGGGUACACACAAUGUGUACGUAUUUUAUAGACAUCCAAACUUAGAAGAUUGGGCAAACGCACUUUUUUUUGGACAUUUUAAAACAGAAGCACAAAAAAUACAAGAAUUUACUGGUCGAUAUCCUGUAAAGGGGUUGAUAUUGGAUGAUAUGGAAUAUCCUGCUUUAAAUAAUAAUUCUGAAGUCGACUUCUACAAGAACUUAACAGACUAUGUAACAGCUAUUAAAACUACAAUUCCAGGUUUGGAAAUUGGGUUUUAUUUGAGUGCUAGAACUUUCAUACUAAGUGUAAAUAAGAAGCUCAAUUCAACUUGGUUUGAUUUUGGUAAGAUGAAUGACCUUUUGGACUUCUAUGUAAUUGAAUUUGUUACGUUUAAUGAAUGUUCGGAUGAAUUCUUACAUAGUGGAAUUACUCCUAUUGAAUCAACAGAUCCAGCCGUUAUGACAUUAAAUAAAUUUGCAGCUGCUUUUGAGCAAUCUAAAAUUGCAAAAGAAAAAGUUCAUUUUGAAUUUUUAAUAAGACCUAUACCGAAACCUGAGAAAUUAACAAUUAUGCACCGUUGUACAUUUUCGUAUAACGAGUAUUGUGAAAACCGAGGUGAUUUACAAGGAAUAUAUUGUGUCGAUAAACAGGGCAUUUUCUUUGAAAAAGGUAAAUUUGCCAAAAAAUAUUCAAAAGGAUUCAUAGGGAAUGAUAUAGAUUUAGUCGAUCGUGAUAAUAAAUGUCAUUGUGAUAAUAAGUACAUAACGUUUUAUAUGUUAUUAAAUGGAUAUAAUGAUGCAGAACCACUAACUUGCAAAGCAUUCAAUUAG